AUGGCCUGUAUCGUAGCGUUCCUUCUCAUAGCGUCAUCGAAAUAUCAGACUUCAAAUCACUUGAUCUUCGUGACUAGCGAAAUAUCAGAUGACAGCUAUAGAGUUUUUGCUCAUCAAGGAAAUGAAUUCCCGCAGGCUGAUGAUAUAUUAAUGACCGCAUCGCCAAUCGAGGGCACUGGGACUUCUACUGCCGUGUAUUGCUCAGUAGCUUUGGGGGAUCAACAAAUUAUUGCAAGGCUUAAGAGGACAAAAUUGCUUCAUACAGAUUUAGCAUAUAAAUACAUAAACCCUCAGCCCGACAAGCCAGUCACGUGCUGGGAUAAUAUUGUGGCCACUAUGAACAAACAUGAUAGGCUAAGAAUGGACUACUCGGAGCUCGAACAAACAGCAUGCACACCCCAAACUAUUUCCUACCUAUCAUACACUGGUUUCAUCUCAGUUAUUGGAGAUUACGAACGCUUCUUUGCAAAGAAGGGAUCCGGCGAACAUAGGCCUAUCAUUAUUGCCAAUACAUUCUCACUGGACCAACUAAUCGAAAAAGGCCACAUUUUCCGGCGUACCGACUGGGAUAAAAAGUCUAUAGCACUUGCUUAG